AAUGUGAAAACAAACAUGGCGACGUCGGGCACGUCCGACACUAUAUCUCUUUUGGAUAUUCCACCAGAAAUACUCGAAAGGAUACUAAGUUGUCUCUCAUACGAACAAUUAAGCACAUCAAGAUUGGUGUGUAGAACAUUUGACCAACGUUGUCAGCAACUCCUAAACCAGGGAUUUACCAAAGUGGACAAGUUCCAUGCACAAUGCCAAAAAGAACUGAAAGUUCAACUCCCUCGAAGAGAGUCAGAGAGGCGCAAUCAUCCCCUUGCUCGCCAUAUUGACAUCCUGGCUGCCAUUGAAACUCGCCUGUCUCUCUUAGGAAUGACGUAUAUGAAAUAUGUGGACCUGGGCCUGGCAUGUUUUAUUCCUGGCAAGGUCCUUGAUGAACUCUUUAGAAUUCUGCACUAUGUAAAGAAUGUGAACACUCCACCAAGGGCCCAUGAACUUCUGCAAGAACUUAGAGACAUAUCCUCAAUGGCUAUGGAACACUUUGAUGAAAAGAUCCUCCCUCACGUUCGGCAAAAAAUGACCCAGGCAGGAAUUAGCCCAAUUACUAUGGCUUUUGCUAACAGAGCAGAAAUAGCUGUCACACAACCAGGACCUGCAUCAGCAAGGCCCAUCUUCACCCAAGAAUCAAAACCUGCACCUACCCUAAGGCAUAAAGCUGCAACUCCCCCUGGGUCACAAAAGAUAUGCCAGUUUAUCAGGACCAUUGGAAACAACAACAAAAAAGACAUAUCUGAGUGUAAAAAUACCGUGAAAGGGUUGAAACAAAGAGUAGCAGAGCAAGAUCGAAGGAUAAAGGAGCAAGAAGAAAAAGCAGAAAUUCAAAACAGGAGGCUUGCCGAGCAAGAGCAGAAGAUCAUAGACAUGAAUCGCAAAAUUCUGGAGUAUGACCAAAAGUUUGUUGACCUUACUGCUGAGAUCAUGAAAGUGCGGGGUCAAGGCCUUGCAGCAAGCACGGGGAAAUCGGCAGACAAGACAGGGACUGAUAUUUCAGUGUAUCUUGCCCACGAUGAGAAGCAGGAUGAGAAGGAAAAAGAUGGAAUGGUAUCCCAAGAGAGUGGGUACACAUCAGAUAAUCAAAGCAGUGUGUUUGACAAUGAAGAGGGAUCUACAAGUUGUACUCAAGUGAUGAACAGAUGCAGCCCUAUUCAGUGUGGCAAAGGGAAGAGCACUAAAAAGCGCAAGUGGGACCAAGAGAAGGGGGAUACCGUGGGCGUUAAGAUUUUAAAAUAUUGACUUACCAACGCUCUAGUUUUAGAACAACUAUUGCAUAAGGUUAUAAUCAACUUUCAAUCACUUAUCCUGCUGAAUUCAUUUUCUUUCACCUCAUCAUGUGCAUAUUCACCUCAACAUAUGUAGCAAGCCUAAACAAAAUUGAUGUGAUUGAUUUUUUGUGUUUGUAUUGUAUAAGUUUUUCUCCAAGAUAGACCCCCCUUCAAAAAAAAAGAAAGAAAGAAAGAAUCAAUCAUUGCUGCAAUGAUUUUGGAAUGGGUUCUCAUAUUGCCAUUUCUAAUUAAUGCAGGGUAUCUAAUAAGGAAGUAGACGGUUUGAACCCAUGAGAAGUUGACGGAAAAUGGCAACUCAAAAUGGCUACUAUCGUAUUAAUCAUGUAACAUAAUGGCGUGUCUGCAUGUAUUACCCAAGGGUGUUUCAGGCAUGUUCUUUCAAGAAUAAGGCCUUGGUUAUUUAACCAGUAAGUAUGCCCUUUCACCAAGGUGCAUUUUCCAUAAGAAAUCAAAUGUUAGAAUGUAUGAGGCUAAUAAUGAAAAUUAAGCAUUAAGCCAACAUAAAGUGAUAGAUGGUGUUUCAAAGAUGUUUGUUUUAUAUUAUAAACAUUUUACAUGAUUAUACAUUCAUAUGAUAACAGCUUUUUGAUGUAUUGAUGCUUAAUUGUAAUCUAAGACUGAAACACAUAGAAUUUUGAGUGUUCAAGCUAGGAAGAUACCGCAAAUUUUCUUUGCUAC